UGACUUGUUAUCUGCUGUUUGUCUGUAGAAUACACUUUCUACACCUUACCCAGACUUCUUGAUCGAGUUAGCAGAGUUGGGGACAACGGACCAGGAUAGCUAUCGAGAUUCUGAAUCCUUGGUCCGAUCGAUAAGUCACUGUCAUAUAAUCGGCUGUCACUUUGAGACAUAACAAAUUGGCGACGGGGUAAAAAAAGAACAAUCCAAAGUCAGCCUUCAGCAUCCAAAUUUGUCAUCAGUGUCCUUCAGCAACAUUGGUCAUUAAUCAAACAGUAAUUUUCAUUACCGGUGCUGAAUAAAAAAAAUGACUCUCCCUUCCGAUCGAGUACAGCUGCUAUUUGAAAGACAGUUGGAGUUUUUAGUCAAAUUACGCACGCAGCUGUUAAAUCACUCAUGCUUUGGAGAUGCAACGGAAGUGGAGGGAUUGAUCUCUCAACUGCACACAGAGCUGGAAAAUGAUUGCAGCCCCAAUGAAUCCCCGAUAAACCGUAUUUCAAACGGUACAACAGUCACUCAAGAUUCGCCCAGUGGUCCAGUCCUCUCCAUUCCAGAAACAUGCCCGGUAAUGGACUCAAACUCCAUUAUCCCCAAAACAGCAUGUGCAGACGGUGACUUAUCCAGCUCACAAACACACUCCCUGGUAAAUGCUCAUAGAAUUGUCGCAAUAACCACCCAUGAAACAGAAAACAAAUCGAGCAGUACACUGAAUACAACUGCUUCAAAUGGUUCUCAUCAGUCUGCGACAGAUGUUUUUGACAAAUCUUAUUAUCAAGAUUCUCUUUUACCAGAAAAUAUGUCAGAUGCAUCAAAUGAUGAUCAAAAACUUAAUACAAUUUUGAUAGAUGCUAAUUACCUUGAUGAUCCAUUAUCUACAAAUAAGAUUCCAAAUAAAUUUGGUCACAAUAUUUCAGAAGAAUUAAACUUCGAACACCUCAUAUCAAGUGUCGUUCAGCCUCAAGACUUAGUCACUUUCAGUCAAUUCUCUGUUCAGUGCGAUAAAUAUGUCUUAAACAAAUUCAAGUUAAUUAUAACGUGGGCAUAUGAGGAUCCAACACUGUUUCGUGGGGGAGGAUGGACCUGGAAAACUUAAAAUCCGGAUAUCAACUCCGGAUCUUCUAAAAAGGGGAGGAGUGUUGGGGACGAUAGAUCCCCAAAACUCAAAUUUUGUAAUUUACUUAUCGAUUAAAUGUGCAGAUAGGUCAAUUGAUGAACUAUCGAUUAAAUGUACAAAUAGGUCAAUUGAUGAACUAUCGAUUAAAUGUUCAAAUAGCAGUCAAUUGUUGAUUAAUGUUCAAAAAUCUUCCAUGACAAUAUCGAUUGUAAAUAUUUGUAUAAAUACGCUUGAUUUGUGUGUUUGACUUGACUUGUUAUCUGCUGUUUGUCUGUAGAAUACACUUUCUACACCUUACCCAGACUUCUUGAUCGAGUUAGCAGAGUUGGGGACAACGGACCAGGAUAGCUAUCGAGAUUCUGAAUCCUUGGUCCGAUCGAUAAGUCACUGUCAUAUAAUCGGCUGUCACUUUGAGACAUAACAAAUUGGCGACGGGGUAAAAAAAGAACAAUCCAAAGUCAGCCUUCAGCAUCCAAAUUUGUCAUCAGUGUCCUUCAGCAACAUUGGUCAUUAAUCAAACAGUAAUUUUCAUUACCGGUGCUGAAUAAAAAAAAUGACUCUCCCUUCCGAUCGAGUACAGCUGCUAUUUGAAAGACAGUUGGAGUUUUUAGUCAAAUUACGCACGCAGCUGUUAAAUCACUCAUGCUUUGGAGAUGCAACGGAAGUGGAGGGAUUGAUCUCUCAACUGCACACAGAGCUGGAAAAUGAUUGCAGCCCCAAUGAAUCGCCGAUAAACCGUAUUUCAAACGGUACAACAGUCACUCAAGAUUCGCCCAGUGGUCCAGUCCUCUCCAUUCCAGAAACAUGCCCGGUAAUGGACUCAAACUCCAUUAUCCCCAAAACAGCAUGUGCAGACGGUGACUUAUCCAGCUCACAAACACACUCCCUGGUAAAUGCUCAUAGAAUUGUCGCAAUAACCACCCAUGAAACAGAAAACAAAUCGAGCAGUACACUGAAUACAACUGCUUCAAAUGGUUCUCAUCAGUCUGCGACAGAUGUUUUUGACAAAUCUUAUUAUCAAGAUUCUCUUUUACCAGAAAAUAUGUCAGAUGCAUCAAAUGAUGAUCAAAAACUUAAUACAAUUUUGAUAGAUGCUAAUUACCUUGAUGAUCCAUUAUCUACAAAUAAGAUUCCAAAUAAAUUUGGUCACAAUAUUUCAGAAGAAUUAAACUUCGAACACCUCAUAUCAAGUGUCGUUCAGCCUCAAGACUUAGUCACUUUCAGUCAAUUCUCUGUUCAGUGCGAUAAAUAUGUCUUAAACAAAUUCAAGUUAAUUAUAACGUGGGCAUAUGAGGAUCCAACACUGUUUCGUGGGGAGGAUGGACCUGGAAAACUUAAAAUCCGGAUAUCAACUCCGGAUCUUCUAAAAGGGAGGAGUGUUGGGGACGAUAGAUCCCCAAAACUCAAAUUUUGUAAUUUACUUAUCGAUUAAAUGUGCAGAUAGGUCAAUUGAUGAACUAUCGAUUAAAUGUACAAAUAGGUCAAUUGAUGAACUAUCGAUUAAAUGUUCAAAUAGCAGUCAAUUGUUGAUUAAUGUUCAAAAAUCUUCCAUGACAAUAUCGAUUGUAAAUAUUUGUAUAAAUACGCUUGAUUUGUGUGUUUGACUUGACUUGUUAUCUGCUGUUUGUCUGUAGAAUACA